UUGUCCCUAUGGCUGGUGUGUCAAGUACAGCAGCCCAUAGGCCAAGUGAGGAAGAAAGUGAGCUAAGAAGAGGGCCAUGGACUGUUGAAGAGGACACAUUGUUGAUUCAUUAUAUUGCUGCUCAUGGUGAAGGCCAAUGGAACCUAUUGGCUAAACAAGCUGGUCUCAAGAGAACAGGAAAAAGUUGCAGAUUGAGAUGGCUGAAUUAUUUAAAACCUGAUAUUAAACGCGGGAAUCUCACUCUUCAAGAACAACUCCUCAUCCUCGAACUUCAUUCCAAAUGGGGUAAUAGGUGGUCCAAAAUUGCACAACAAUUACCUGGAAGAACAGAUAACGAGAUUAAGAACUACUGGAGGACCCGAGUUCAAAAACAGUUACGUCAGCUGAAAGUACAAGCUCACAGCAGGAAACUUUUGGAUGCCAUUUGUCAUUUGAGCAUGCUAGAAGCCAUGGACCAAACUUCCAAUUACUCCAUCAAUUUGCCUCCAUCUCUCCAUAACAUGAACUUACCAAACUCAUCGAAUAAUACUGUUCUUCUUCCGGCCAACCAUUGCAGCGGAGCUCCUCCGCCGCCGCCGCCUCCAAGUUCGGUCCAGCAAUGGCCUGAAAUCUCAGCAUGGCCACCAAGUCCUUGUGGUGAAUUCAUGGAAGCUUGGAGGUUUGACAUGGUGGAGCAGAAGCAGCUACAUGAGCCAGUUGGUGCAUUGGGUGAUUGGGAAGUUGGUGAUCGUGAUGCCCAAAUGAUAGCACCAGAUUGGGUGUUGGAGGAUGCCAUGGUUGAAAACUUGUGGAGCUUGGAUCAUCACUUGAUGUAAUAAUAUAGGCUAA